AUGGAGGAGAGGGUAGAAAGUGUUAUCUGUGCGAGACAGGAGAGCUGCUUGGAGUGCAUGCAGUCUGAAGAUCUAGAUUUGUGUUUUACAUACUGUGAUGGUACUCUGAAGUCUCCAGCGUUGAUCGACAAACUGCAGCGUGGGAAGUUUGACGUCAUGCUGUCAGAUCCGAUCUAUCCAUGCAGCGAGGCUUUAGCUGAAAAGCUGAACAUUCCCUUAGUUUACACAUUACGGUUCUCUAUCGCUAACACUUUAGAGCGGAUGUGUGGUCAGAUACCAGCUCCACCAUCAUUUGUUCCUGGAACAAUGAGUAAACUCACGGACAAGAUGAGCUUCACAGAGCGAAUCAAAAAUAUGCUCUUCUACCUUUCUCAAGAUGCUUUGGCCAUUAGUCUGUGGAAAAAAAUCGACAACUAUUACACUGAAUAUUUUGGAUGGCCCACUUCCUAUUGUGAGAUGAUGGGUAAAGCUGAUAUCUGGUUAAUCAGAACCUACUGGGAUUUUGAGUUUCCACGGCCAUUCCUGCCCAACUUCAAAUACGUUGGAGGCCUUCACUGCUCCCCUGCCAAACCAUUACCUAAGGACAUGGAGGAGUUUGUGCAGAGUUCAGGGGAUGAUGGGAUUGUGGUCUUCACUCUGGGGUCCUUGGUAAACAACAUGACCAAAGACAGGAGCAAUACGAUCGCCUCUGCACUGGCACAGAUUCCACAGAAGGUUUUAUGGCGAUAUGGUGGAGAGAAGCCAGAUACUCUUGGUGAAAACACCAGAAUCUAUAAGUGGAUCCCUCAGAAUGAUUUAUUGGGUCACCCUAAAACCAGAGCAUUCAUCACUCAUGGAGGCACUAAUGGCAUAUAUGAGGCCAUAUAUCAUGGAGUUCCAAUGGUCGGGAUCCCCUUGUUUGGUGACCAGCCUGAUAAUUUAGUUCAUAUGAAGGCCAAAGGUGCUGCUGUUAUCAUUGACUUCAACAGUAUGCAGAUUCAAGACCUGGUGGAUGGACUCAAUGCUGUCAUUAAUGAUCCCUCGUAUAAAGAGAACGCUAUGCGUUUGUCCAGGAUUCAUCAUGACAGACCAGUAAAGCCUUUGGAUGAGUCUGUGUUCUGGAUUGAGUUCGUCAUGCGCAAUAAAGGCGCUAAACACCUGCGUGUCGAGGCCCACAACCUUACCUGGUACCAGUACCACUGUCUGGAUGUGUUCGCUUUUCUCAUCACUGUCCUCACUGUAGUUCUCUACGUCUUCUUUAAAAUGUGCAAAUUAUUCAUAAUGCGUUGCUGUUUUAGAUCAAGGCGUAAAUCCAAAAAAGAGUGAUUGGUUUUCUGACUGAUACAAAGAUUGAUACCGUUCAUAUACCGUGCAUCGCGAUACUGUGCAUCUUGGGCACGCUAGAUUCUUCACACAUGUUAUUUCUAUAUUUUGCUUUAGUCUGCCAGUUGGAAAUAUUAAUUCACGUUUCCAAACAAUUGUUUUGCAAUAAAUUUAAAUAAUCCAGCAAGGUUUUGUAUGCACAAGGGGUCUGACGACAGACAGUCCACACAAAGAUCCAAUCUCACCAUGAUCAAGUCUGCCUUGAAUUACAUUAAGGAAGUCUUGCAUGGCCUGUGUGGUCAUGGACACACUGAAGUGCUGGUAGGAGAAACUAUUCUUUGGUAUCCAUGAAGGGAGGAUUCGGCACUAGCCAAACUAAAAUAUUCCUUAACUAAAAUAGCUAAAUCAUUAAACUGCUCAGAGAUACACACAUUAGGGCAAUAUGUGACCCUGGACCACAAAACCAUUCUUAAGUCGCUGGGAUAUAUUUGUA